ACAGACACCAAGUUAUUGUUGUUGUUUUGAGAUUGGGCCGUGUGGACCGUUUGGACGCGUGGGCUGGCCCUCGCUCAUUCAUACCGACUCAUACCACGUGUCCGAGAGAUUAUGGGUAAAAGCGGUCGACCUCGAGCCCAUCGGCACCAACGCCUCCAACCCGUGCACGGCCAGGGUCCAGCUAGCCGACGAGCGGGACGGGACUCAGCCUCAAUGGGCGAGCGCGCCCAACCCACUGACAGCGAUGCCGCUUUGAUCGCCCGGAUCUUGGAACAACUCAAGAGCGGUUCGGCUAAUGAGACGGAAAUUGGUCUGAAUAGUUUGGCCAUGUUGGUGGAUGCUGCUUUGGCCGGACCCAUUCUGGAGGCCCAGUUGGUACGCUAUGCCGCGCCCUUCAUGCUGGACCGGGAUCUCCAACUCGAGUCUCGGUUAGCCGCCGUGGGGGCUUGUCACAACCUCUCGUUGGUCUCACCCGACAUCUGCCAGCAUAUGGUGGCUCAAGACGACAUCAUGACGCCCUUGGGCGCGCUCUUGCCGCUGAUUGACCCGCACAGCGCCCAUCCCGUGGAAAUCGCCCUAGGCGUGGAGGCCUUCAGUUUGCUUUGGAACUUGUGCGAGGCCAGUGACACGGCCUGGGAAAUCUUCCACCGCCGGGAUCUCAGCCCGGCUUUAUUUCGCUGUCUGACGCCGUCCACUCCCCUGAAAUUGGCCUUGCCGGCCUUGCAAUGCUUUCUGACCGUGUCUGAAGGUCAACCGACGGCUACCAUGACGGUCCUCCCCACUCCACCCGAGUUCUUGUCGUCCCUGUUUGGCCGACCGGUCGAUUCGGGUCCGGCGCGCCAUUGGCAAAUGCUGGCCGUGGGCGUGGCCCUGAAUGUCAACCCAGCCGGUCAGGAUCGAGCCGGAGCCCAAGUUUUGAGCGUGCUGGCUGAUGGAUUGGCCUGGGAUGCUCGUCAAAUGGUUCACGACUAUACCAGCCAAUGCCCAUUGCGCCCCAAUCCGACAUCCCCGGGCCAUGAAUCUGACCAGGCUCACACCACUCCCCAACCCGAAGACCCGCAGUUAGACGUGAAGCUCGAACAACUUCGGCAAGAUCUACUCUAUACCCUACAUGCCCAACAAACCGGCCUGGAGUUACUCACUAAUAUAUGCUGCACCCUGGACGAUGAUGAUGAUGACGACGAUCAAUGGCAAGACGACGAGAGCUCUCACGGUGACUCUGAUGAAAUGGACAUGAACGGCACUCCCUGCGAAGACGAGUCCCCAUCCAAACUGCCCGCUUUACCCGUGGCCGUGCUCGAGUUCAUCCAAUCGCGUCAAAUUGUGGACACAGUACUCCACAAAGCUAGUCUACCUGCGGAAAAUGUGCUUACUUUGCUCAAAACCGAUCUCCGGGGCCGUUAUCAAGGUCCGGAAAUUCUACGUGCUUUUACAUCCCUGCAAAUUCGGGCUUUCUUGUGCUUGGCCAACUUGGUAGAAUUGCUGCCCUUGGACGAUCUGGGUGGGGUGUCAAAGGUGUCAGCCAUGUGGACCGACUUGGUGCGUUUGUGCUUUGCCACCACCCACGACACGGCACCCUCCGAGGACUUGUUGGAUGCGGCCACAUCGGCCCUCCGCGCCUUGACCCAAACUCUGGUAGAGGCCAAGGCGGGCCCACUCGAGUCUCUGAACGAAUCCGAGCUGAAAGUCAUCCUUGAGGCCGGUGCCCAAUGUCCUUACCCGAAAAUUCGCCUCAACCUGUUGCAAAUCAUUGGCAGCUUAGGAACGUUGGCCACACAGUUGGGCCACCCGGAUUGUAGUGCCUCAGAAAUGGCCGCCUCGUACCUGAUGGUGGCGGCCACGCGCGAAAGUGAUCUCCGACUCAAAGCCGAGGCCCUGGACAAGAUGUUUGAUAUGUUCAGUGAGGACGAGACGGAUGGACUGUUUUUGAAACUCGGGCUGUUGCCCAAAUUACGAGAUUUGGAGAAAAAUAUCAAGCACGAAACAGCUCGGCAACGCCACCAAAUGAGUGCGGAAAAUCGUGGGAUUGUCCGGCUAGCAUCCACCAAUCUGAAGCGAUUUAUCAAAUACAAGAGCAAGCGACCACUCUUGAAUGGGGGAGCUUAAGGAAUAUUGUUUUGUAUGUUAUAUAUUGCGCUCGGAACGUCGCUUGUUUCCUUUUUGUUAUCGCUAUUAAAUUGACGGACCAAUUUGA